CCUUCAACCUUCAGCUCCAAAACUGCUGCACUUUCUCCUCAUCCAGCAGAUACCAAACUGACCAGAUGAGCUUCACUCCACGGUUCCAUGAUGGAUGAAGAUACAGUAGGAUUCAGCAUGAUGGACAUGAAUGCAGGAUACAGCAAAUCACGGAAAGAUCGUUUCCACGGCAAGCUCAGUUUCAUCCUUUUGGUAUCCGGAGUGUUGGUCAUCUCUGUCCUGUUUGUUAUGAGUUUUGUCAUAUUUGACUAUCAGGAGAGGAAGUUUGCAGAGUUGGAACGCUCCAUGAUGAGCCACAAUUCUUCACUUAACGCGAUUAAUUCUGAACUGAAAGGCAAACUGGAAGACACAGGACCCCAAAUGAAGAUGUUGUCCGAUGUUCAGACUUCAGUAAACAACCUGGGUUCCUUACUCGGUUCCCUUUCUUCCAAACUGGAGACCAAACAGCAGGACGCAGCCGGCCAGCAGGACGGUCAGUGCAGAGAGCUGAAGAGCUUCGUGGAACAUCUGAAUACCUCUUUAUCAGAGCUGGCAGCCAAACUACAGGAUACUGUCAUGCGGCAGGAUGUGAAACUGAGUGAAAUUGGGGAUUCCCUGACUGCUGUGAAUUCAUUAUUGGCAUCUUUUGAAUCAAAGCAGCAGAAACGAACACAGGACUCUGAUCAGAGAGUCAUGGCAGCUCUGAGCGAAAUGAAAGCUAAACUAGAGAGCAACAGUAAAGCAGCAGAAUCUCAGAACAGGACGCUGAUUGAGGUGGUGAAAUUGUCUUCUUCUGUAGCGUCUCUGUCCUCUAAGCUACAGAGCACAGAUCAGAGAGUGAUGGCUGCGCUGAGUGACAUGAAGACCAAACUGGAGAGCAGCAGUAAAACAGCAGAAUCUCAGAACAGGACGUUGAUUGAGGUGGUGAAAUUGUCUUCUUCUGUAGCGUCUCUGUCCUCUAAGCUACAGAGCACAGAUCAGAGAGUGAUGGCUACUCUGAGUGAUAUGAAGACCAAACUGGACAGCAGCAGUAAAACAGCAGAGUCUCAGAGCAGGACGUUGACCGAGGUGGUGAAAUUGUCGUCUUCUGUAGAGUCUCUGUCCUCUAAGCUGCAGAGCACAGAUCAGAGAGUGAUGGCUGCUCUCAGUGAAAUGAAGGCUAAACUGGAGAGCGGCAGUAAAACAGCAGGAGGAUCGACUUGUAAGCCUGGAUGGACUCUUUAUGGCUCCAAGUGUUACUUUUUCUCUGAUGACAAACUGAACUGGCACCAGGCACGAGAUUACUGCAGGUCCCAGAAUGCCUUGCUGCUCAAACUGGAAGCUAAAGAUGAACGGGCGUUUGUCACUGCCAGGACUACGUCGGAUUUCUACUGGGUUGGUCUCACAGAUGAAAACACAGGGCAGUGGAGAUGGGACGAUGGAACGCCUUACGUCAUGAAUAAAGAUGAGUGGGAACCCGGACAGCCGGACAACUGGAAGGAUCACGGUCUGGGAGAGGAAGGAGAAGACUGUGGACAUAUAAAGAUGUCCGGGAAGUUUAAUGACGCCCACUGCUCUAUUAAAAUGCAGUACAUCUGCAAGGCGUAGAUCACACUGCAUGAAAAUGACUGAUAUGUUGGAUAUUCAUGAGAAAAUCCAUGUUAGCAAAAUUCAUUUUAGCGAUUUGGUGCUUUUAUUAACAAAACUAAAUUCUGCUGUUUUUCAUUUGCUUUUUAAAUGCAUAAAAUACUGGAUUUUUCUUUUGAUUUGAAGUUGAUUGAUUCUUUUAUUGCUACACACCUAUACAACCCUGUCGUCAGUGCGAAACACAAUAGUCAUUAAGCGAUACACAACAGCACAUUCACACAGUCAGUGAUGGACAUUAACAAAGUAGAUGUACUUCAUUGCUGCACUUAAACCCUUUUUUCAAGUAUCUGUACUUUUAUAAGGUAUAUUUCUUUAGAUACGAAGGACAACAUGGACCUCACUCACUCACUCGCUCACUCACUCGUAAUUAACAAGUGUAUCCACAAGGGGGAGCUACUAGCACUCUGGUAAC